UCUCUCAGUCGGUUCAGUUCGGUGGAGUCAGUCAGUGCAGCCUCAGCAUCCUCUUCCUCCUCCACGGACAGCCAGUGUUUUGCCAGCACUGAUCGCUCGUUUUUUUUUCCUCCGCUGCCAUGGUGGGAUUUACGGAUAUCGCGUGCCUUGUCGUGCCGCUGCUGAUGCUCACCACCACCGCGUCCAGCAUCCAGUCCGACGCGAAGAGCGCGAAGGAGGCGGAAAAGACGGGGAAUUUCAUGGAUGACGAGCAGUGGCUGUCCACCAUUUCACAGUACAGCCGCAAGCUCAAGCACUGGAAUCGCUUCAGAGACGAUGAUUACGUUCGUACCUGGGAUGAAAAUCAAGGCUCUAAUGACAAUGUAGACACCACCAAGGACCCAUGUCAAAAGGUUAAGUGCAGCCGGCAUAAGGUGUGUAUUGCCCAAGGCUACCAAAGAGCUGUGUGUGUCAACCGCAAGAAACUUGAACACAGACUCAAGCAGCCCACUCUCAGGUCUCCUGAUGGGAACUGUCAGCCCUGUCCCAUAUCCUCCAGUGGGCCUGUGUGCGGAUCAGACGGCCACAACUACGCCUCAAAGUGCAAGCUGGAGCAGCAGGCAUGUCUUACAGGGAAGGAGCUUAGCCUGAAGUGUUCAGGUCUGUGUCCUUGUCCAACCGCGGCUCCCACUCCCAAAGAGAGUAAACAUGAGACCUGUACCGGACAGGAUCUGGCUGAUCUCGGGGAGCGUCUCAGAGACUGGUUCCAGUUACUGCAGAGCAACGCCAAGCAGAACAACAACAGCAAGCCCGGGGCCAGAACCGCUACAGCCAGCACCACAUCAGUGCUGGACAGGAGCCUGGUGGCCAGCUGCAAGGACUCCAUAGGCUGGAUGUUUUCCAAGCUGGACACCAACAGCGACCUGUACCUGGACCAGGCUGAGCUGGCUGCCAUCAACCUGGACAAGUACGAGGUCUGCAUUCGCCCCUUCUUCAACUCCUGUGACUCAUACAAGGACGGCAAGGUCUCCACCGCCGAGUGGUGCCUCUGCUUCUGGAGAGAGAAGCCUCCCUGCCUGGCUGAACUCGAGAGGAUCCAAGUACUAGACGGUGGCAAGAGAAAGUUUGGUCGAUUCAUCCCGAGCUGUGAUGAAGAUGGCUACUACAGGAAGCAGCAGUGUGACAAGGGAGAGUGCUGGUGUGUGGACCAAAGCGGAGGAGAAGUCGCCGGAUCUAGGAUCCGUGGCAAGCCAGACUGCGACGAUGAAAUGGCAUAUUCAGGUGAUCUUGGCAGUGGAGUUGGAUGGGAAGACGAGGAGGAGAAAGAAGUCGAGGACACUGCAGAGGAGGCUGAAGAGGAGGAGGGAGAGGUGGAUGAUGGGGGCUAUAUCUGGUAAAAAGGCCAACCGUACAUGAGCUUCUUGAUUGUUCCAAAUACACACACACACUCACACACACACACUAACACAGAAAUCCUGAAAGGAGAUGGACAUGGUAAAGCUCUCACACGCCGAACAACAAAACGCGAGGGAAACAGUUGUGUGGGUCAGGAGAGGGAAGAUGAAUAUUUUGGGAAUAUUUAAUGUAACAGGAAAUUCUUAUAAUGGGAAAGAGGGUAGGGGUGAUUAUGGGUGUGGAGUCAAGAAUUCUGUCCCUCAUACUUGUGAAUCUUUGUUCUCUUCUGUUGUAUGUCUUUUGAACUAUCUUCAAGCAGUUUUUAGCUAAAGCAUAGAGGAGACUUUAAGCAGUUGCAGGUGCUUGUUGUGUGGUUACAGUGAAAAACAAAAAAAGAAAAGAGAAAGAUGAGGGUGCAUUUCAGUAGUCUGACCUGGCUUCUCUUUUUUUCGCUAGUUAACACAGUUUAGAUAAGAGUUUUGGUGUUGGGCAGGACACCAGCGACAAGGAGAGGUUCCCACAUUAGAAUACAGGAAAAUGCCCUUUUUUUGACUUUAUUGUUUACAUGUCAUUUGCUUUGGCUCAUAUAUGACAGUAGUGCUCUGUCUCAUUCAAAAAAAACAACAACAUUUCUCACGUCUAUCACUCUUUAGCUUGUAUAUAAUGAGUGUAUCAGAAGGUCGUCACCUAUUUGUCCUGUUAUCAAUGCCUGGAAAGACUGGUGGAAAACACUGCGUAACUGACAAAUGUACAUCGUGUCAUAAUGUGGAUCAAUUAUUGUGUUUAAUAAAAAAAGAUUAAAUGAAAUAAAACUGGUCUCUGUGGCCCAGCUGGCUACCAUA